GUGCUGGUGUUGUGAAAAAAACUAAAGAGACGUUAUAUGCCUAUCCCGCCACCCACCGCUCCGAGAGUGAGAGUCCGUGAAAGCUCACCAUAGUACACUUCUGCCUUUUUUGUCUCUCUUUCUUCCUUCCUUAAUUCCAAAUUUCUGCACAACUCAUACCAAAUUAACUGCACAUUAUAUUCAUUUCUCUGUUAAUUCUCUCUUCGCUCCUACUACUACAUUGUGCUUGUCUUGUUCAGCGUUUCUUGAAUUAACGGUUACUUGAUGGGUUGCUCCACCUCCAGAAUUGACCAUCUCCCGGUGGUGUCCCUUUGUCACGACCGCUGCAAGUUCCUCGACGAAGCGCUCUAUCAAAGCUAUGCCCUUGCCGAUGCUCAUGUCGCCUACAUGCAAUCCCUCAAGGCUCUUGGCCCCUCUCUCUGCCGUUUCUUUGAUCAAAACCUUGGUACUAAUAAUCACUCCAACUGUGAUUCCCUUGCCACUAGGCCUAAUCCCUCCAAGUCUUCUCCUUCACCUGAUCACCAUCCCUCGAGUUCAAACUCUGAGCCGCACCUCGAUUUUCCUUCUGAUUCAGAGGACGAUGAAUUUAAGGACACAGAUUUUGAUCUUCUUCACCGAAUUCACCCCAAUUAUUUUGACCGCCAAACCCCGACUCCAUCCAUAUCAGAUUCAUAUUCUUAUAGUGACCAUAAUAAGUUCCAUCAUUGCGCAAAUAAUGGCAGCCUGUUUCAUUCUCGUGAAUCUCCUUACAGUGUAUCCUCUCCAGACGGUGGUUCUGCUUGGAAAACACCCUCGCCUCCUCCUCCCAGUGGCUCCACUUGGGAGUUCUUGAAUGUCUUCGAUACAUAUGAGAGCUAUGAAUUACCGAUUAAGGAUAAAGAAGGGAUUCAUGAGCUUAAAGAUAAACUAGAGAAUAAAAUUAGUGGAGAUUCCGUGAAUUUGGCGGGACAGCAGAAACCAAGUAAAACCAAAAUGACGGUACAAAGCGGUGAUGUGAAGCUGUAUGAGGUUCAUGUGGUGCAUACGAAUGUUGUAUCGGAGAAAGAGAAGAAAGAUUCGGCCGAGUCGAAGAAUCAAAGCAUCCCUGAGGUUAUGAGGGAACUGGAGGCUCUCUUCGAGAGAGCUUCAGAUUCAGGAAAUCAAGUAUUAAAGAUCCUUGAUACAGGAAAAUUCCGCUACCAUCGCAAGAAUUCUAUCUAUCAAGGAGUUCCUUCCAAGAUGCUGCAUGCGUUGACCCCAUCCUUCCUUGUGAUACCUUCUAAAAAUACCGAGUCCUCGUCUACAGAGAAGAUUGGCUCUCUUGGUCUGGGCUUUGAUGAAGAUUUGGCUGUGAUUUCAUUGAAUUUGUCUUCCACUCUCAAGAAGCUAUGCAUGUGGGAGAAGAAACUAUAUGAUGAAGUCAAGGCUGAGGAAAAAUUGCGUGUUAUGAUUUCAAGGACCUAUAGGCAGAUGAAAAAUAUUGGCAUGAAAGGUGAAGACGCAAAAGAAGUUGAUUCUGCACGAACUUUAGUCAGGGCAUUAUCUACUAAAAUCAAAGUUGCAAUUCAAGUUAUUGACAGAACAUCGAUUGCUAUCAAUAAGCUAAGGGAUGAAGAGUUGUGGCCACUAAUUGGUGAACUGAUUCAAAAGUUACUUGAAAUGUGGAAAGCCAUGCUAGAAUGCCACAGGAGUCAAUCCCAAGCAGUUGUGGAAACUAGAGGUUUAGAUGCCAUUUUAUCCAAUGGAAAGUUCAGUGAAAUUCAUUUGGAAGCAGGAAUACAACUGAAGAUUGAAAUUCAGAACUGUAAUCUGAGCUUUUCCAAUUGGAUCAGUGCCCAGAAAGGCUAUGUCAAGGCCUUGAAUGGAUGGCUUCUAAAAUGUCUUCCACACGAACCUGAAGAAAUGCCUGAUGAAACGGAACCAUUCUCUUCUGGUAAGGCAGGGGUGCCUCCUGUGUUUGCGCUCUUUAACCAGUGGUCACAUGACUUGGGUUUAGUCUCAGAGAUGGAAGUGAUUAACUCCAUGUACGGAUUUUUCAUGAGUAUAAAUCAAUUAGUAGAAAGGCAUUAUAUAUACUUGCAGCAAAGACUGACAGCAGACAAAGAUUUGGAGAAAAGAAUAAAGAUCCUAGAGAGAGAGGAGAAGAGGAUGCAAAAGGUAAUGCAAGCUCAAGGGAAGAAGAUGUUUCUAGCCAGUGGGGAUGCAAGAGGCACCCCUUUCCUUGGAGGGGCUGUGCGUCAGAGUGAGAUGACCAACAGGAGUAGUCUUCAAUCUAAUCUGAAACAAAUAUUCGUCGCCAUAGAGAAAUUCUCCGCCAACAGUGUGCAAGUUUAUAAGGAACUUCAUGUGCAUGUUGAAGAAUGCAGUCUUACUCGAGGAGGGAAGCCAGAAGAUCCUUAAAAUUGUGCAUUUGGGUACUCGUAUGAGCAUGAUUUAACAAGGAUUUUCCUGAAGCAAUUCUUAGCUGAUGCAGCAACACGAGGCUCAGUUUUUUUUUUUUUUUUUCUUUUUUCCAUUAAUAGUCCCCAUCUUUUGCGAGUUUUACUGUCUGUAAUAAUAUGAAGCAGAGCUGCAGACGUGCAAAACAUCCUGGUAAUCAUGAGCUGUUUUAGAGUUGCCAAGGUUAUUGGGAGAGAAGAAAUGAAAUGAGGGGUUCAAAAUCAGAAAACCUCCUACUUUUGGAGUGUUUUAUUGAAUGAGGAAAUGCAAGUGAAAGAAAGCACACGGCCACUGGGGUAUGCUUCAUUCCAAUUUCCUUUUGACAUUUCGAUGGUUUGCAGAUUUGUCAUCAGCUGCCCGUAAUUUGUCAGGUAUAUAUCACUCUCACCGGAAUUUUCAGCUUUCUCAUUGGAUUAUUUAAAUUAGUGUUCCAGUUAGCUCAUAUGUACCAAGGAAUUAUAUGAUCAUACGUGAUAGUUGUUUUUCUUAUUGUUAUUUUUUUUAAUGCAAACAGAAAAUAUAUAUAAUUCUUUUUAACCAUAUG